AUGCAAGAAGUCUUAUCGAGGGAAAUUCUCUCGAGAAAUAAUGAACAUUCUGCAGAUAGAGAGACAAUUCGGAAAAAGACUUUGAUUAGAAUUACAGUGUCUGCUUCUUUAUUAAUAAUUUUUUGCUUGCUGUUGAUGAUAACAGUAGCUCUCGGAGCAUUGUUUUUGUAUAUAUUCGGAACAUCAUCAAUUCAGGCUCGUAACUCUGUGGACGAACCUGUUUUGAGUGAUGCCAUUUCGUGUACAGUGAAAGUAAGAACUUAUAACUGUACCGAUGAUGAAAGUUUAGAUGAAUUACUCGAGAAAAAAGACCCAUGGACCUUUGGAGACUUUUUUGUUAAAUUAUUUGCUUUGGUAGUUGCACUUGAUGAUCCAGAUCAUACAAUUUGGUUUAAUGGAACCUCUAUUAAUGCUGAAAAAGUAAAACUGAAAAUGUGUCAUGUUCAAGUCAAUUACACAAUUGAUGACACACAAAAGACGGAGGAAACUCUGGAUAGCUUUAUUUAUAAAUACAGCAUUGACGACGGAGAAGAGCUCAUUUUCAAAAAAGGAGAUGAGAAAUUAUUCACAAAACCAUCCUCUUCAGUGAGCGUCAUUCCAACAAAUUAUUUAAUGUUUUCACAAGAUGGUGACAUCAGAACAUGCUAUGUCCAUCCUAUUCAUCGAAAUUUAGUUGGAUUCAGUGAAAGAACGAUAGAUUACUACUAUCCUGGACGAUCGUCUCUCACAUCUACUUGUGGAUAUCUUGCAUUAUCAUUUAUGAUCAUCAGUGGAGGCAUUUGUGCAUUUCUAGUAAUUCCACUCACAGUAUUCUCAAUUCACAAAUGCAUUUCAUACAAACGAGAUGUAGAAACAAUGGAGCACAUGGAAAUGAACGAUCAAGAGAGUGAAGCAAGUGAUAGUGGUAGCCAAGUUUCUGACGAUGGACGAAGAUACUUUUAA